AUGUCUGACGGCGUUACCAACCCCCACGACCCCGCCACCGGAGGCUUCGCUGAGGAGAAGGGCAAGGGCAAGGCCGCAGAGCGCGUGCACGACAACGCCCAAAUGGUUGACGAUGACGACGAGGAUGACGAUGACGACGAGGAUGAGGACGAUGAGGACUUUGAGGGCGAACAGAACGAAGGAGAGGACAUUGAGGACGGCGCCGACGAGGUUGACAUGGACAAUAUUGUUGAGGGUGGCCGCCGAACCCGCGGUGCCAAGAUUGAUUUUGCCAAAGCCGCCGCCGAGAACCCCGCCGACGACGAAGACGAUGAGGACGACGAGGAUUUUGAGCCUCCUGCUCAGGACACGGAGAUGUCUGGUUAA